AUGAAGGCCAACGCCCGUCUGGUGCUGCUGCUGGGGCUGUUGAUGGGCGCCCUCCACCAAGUGGCCAGCGCGCAGGGCAUCCAGGCCGAUGUGGCUGCCGGCAACACCGACGGCGCCGCCCAGCAGAUCGCUGACAGCGUGAACAGCGGCAACGCCGACGUGGUGGCCGCCGCCACCGCCCUGGCCGCCACCGCCGGCACCACCUCCGAGUUUGCCCAGGCCGCCUCGCUGGCGGUCACCAUGUAUGGCGCCUCUGCUAGCGCUGUGGCUGCCGCCAUGUCUCAGGGCUCUGGCGGUACCGUCGACCCCGCCUCCCUGUCCAGCGGCAAUGCCGCCGCCGCCUCCAGCGCGGUGGACCAGGGCAUCCAAGACACCGUGACGGUCAUCGUGCAGACCUCCGCCACCGCCAUCAACGCUGCCAGCACGGCCACGGCGCAGGCGGUGGCCGACGCCGCCAACCAAGUGUGCGCGGGCGGGUCGGUGGAGGCGGCUGCCCAGGCUGCAGCCACUGCCACAGCGUCUGCCACAGCGACGGCGGUGGCGAAUGCCACGGUGACGGUGGUGACCACCGGCCAGGCCUCCGGCUGCGGCACCGCGAGCUCCACAGCAACCGCGGUGGCCUCUGCGGGGGCUCAGGCGGCCAGCUCCGCCAUCGCCAGCGUCUCCUGUGCCUGCUCCCAGGCAGUCUCCUCGGCCACAGCAUCCGCCAUUGAGCAGAACAUCGCCGUGGCUUCCGUUACGGUCACCGCCACGGCAUGCGCCGCUGAUGGCAGCUCUGCCACGGCCUCGGCGUCUGGCAGUUCGCAGGCCACUGCCGUGGCUGAUGCUGCGUCCUUCACUUAUGCCCAAGUGUUCUCUAACCUCCAGGCCUGCCAGGCCGCACCUCCCGCCCCGGCCCCGGCCCCGGCACCCGCCCCCGGCCCCGCCCCGUCUGGCGGCCCCAGCUGCUUUGGCUUCGUGCGCCAGCAGUGCUGCUCCGGCAGCGCCCCCCAGCAGUGCGUCUGCGGCCUGGCCGGCAACUUCUGCAGCUAUGUCAAGGCCUCCAGCAGCCCCCUGUCCUACGGCGUCCGCGGCCUGAAUGGCCAGGCGCUGCCAGGGUCUGUGUGCUUCUGCUGA